UUCGAAGCUGUACAGUUGUUCCUGUUGGGAUAGUCCUGCCUUCUGUGCAUUGCAGACUCUCUCUCCCUCUUUAGUGGCUCCUCCCUCAGUGUCUCGGGGGAAUGUGCGUGCUGUCACAGUGGCAAGAGGCCAGAGCCUGAAGAGGAAAGGGCGAAGGUUCGCCAGGGACCGGCAGGUUCCGGGGGCAGAUGGGUGGAGCCUCAGAGGCUCAGGUCUAAAUUCCCACCUGGCUAGAUCUAGACAGAGACCCAUUUGAAAAGGACCUAAGGACCAUAAAGGCAUUAUGAAAAACCUACACUUCAGAGUCAUAACAAUGCUAAUAAGUCUUUAUUUUAGUGGAACAAUGACCAACCCACCCAGAGAAAACAGUAUUUUAUUCAAAUCUGAGUGCCAAUGGAAUGGGCAUCAUCUGACAAAUUGUUCUUUUACCGGAAAGCAUGAUGUACCUGCGGACACACCGCAGGCAGCAGCCACAGUGGACUCAAGUGCCAGUUUCCUUAGGGUUCUCUUACAGUCUCCUAUGAGAAGAGAAGACUGGAAUACAAAGCAUCUGGACCUCAGUAACCAUCUCAUUUCGAACAUCACCUUAAGUCCUCUUGCACACUUCCGUGCUUUGGAAAUACUAAACCUCAGCAACAGUUCCCUCCGCUCCAUCUCGUUGGAUCUACCCAGUGCUAAGUCCUUGUGGGGGAAACGCCACAGAAGCCACUUGAGAAAUAGGCUUCCAAGUCUAAAGCUGUUAAUUCUUCGAAGAAACAGCCUCAGUGACAUCCCCGAGGGAUUAUGGAAACUGAAGUCAUUACAGAGUCUGGAUCUGUCGUUCAACAGGAUAUCGCAGAUCGGUUUGUCUGACUUUCAGAACUGCCUGCGGCUGGAGAACCUCUACUUAAAGAGCAACAAGAUAGUCCAGAUUCAUCCAGAAGCCUUCAAGGACCUCAAGAAGUUACAGGUUGUAGACCUCAGCGACAAUGUUCUGACCACCAUCCUACCAAUGAUGAUCAUUGCUCUCAAACUUCCCCGUCUGGAGGUGGACUUGGCUGAUAACCCAUGGCAGUGUGACUAUAGCGUGGCAGCCUUUCAGAAUGUCAUUUCUGAAUCCUGGAGGAAAACAUGGAAUGUAAUCUGCAGCAAGUCUGUGGGGAGCGAGGAGGCCUACGGGUGGACCCCCCGAAGCCGGAUGUCCAGGGAGACCCACCUCCCCGACAGUGCCCCCGAGGGGCCGCGGGCAGGCCCGCAGGAGCACGCCGGCACCCCGCGGAGGGGACACCCUGCGGGCGCCCAGGCCACCCGGAGGCCCAGCCGCCUGCGCAGGGGGGCCGGGAGCCCCAGGGAUGCGCCGCCGGCCAGCAGAGCAAGGGACGCUGCCCAGGACCUCGCCCUGGCCGUCUGCCUGGCCGUGUUCAUCACGUUCCUCGUGGCUUUCUGCCUGGGGGCUCUCGCCAGGCCUCUCGUGGACAGACUGUGGUUCCAGAGGUGCGGCCGCCAAAGGUCGGGCGUGGACCGUGCAGACUCCAACCAGGCUUCGGGCGGCGCUGCGGGGAGCCCCGGGCGCCCCGGCCCCGAGCCCGCCCCUCCGGCCUGGACUGCCGUGGAGGGCGGCGGGGAGCGCGGAGGGCCCGGGGCCGGGAGGGACGACCCGAUGUCCAGGGACGGCGCGGCCCCCUCGGGCCUGCGGGGGCCGCCGAGCACCACCCUAGAGGGACCAGCCGGGGCGGGGCGGGACGGCCUCCCCAGCACCCAUGUUCUUGCACAAGGCAGCUACGCACGUCUGGCCCUGGAAGGGUCUCCCGGGGCGCACCCCGCCGCGCCUGGCAGGUGCACGGCGGGCCCCGGGCCGGACUUAGACGGCCGAGCGGCGGCCUCCGUCCCCGAAGCGCCAGCGUGGCCCAGAGCAGCGCGGGCCCCGCCGGACGGGCCCUCACCUUCCGAGCAUCCCGAGGCAAUGCACGUGGGCGCUUACCUGAACUUGGGGGACUCACAGCAGCCGAGGCCCCGGGGGGCCAGCACCCCGGAAGGACUGUCCACCUGCAUGGGAGCCGCGACGCCCGGCGACCCAGGAGCGCCCGGCCCGGCCCCAGCGGACCUUCUCUGGGAUGCAGGCCACCACCUGCGCGUGGAACCGGGGCAGGAGCAUGUCCCCUCCACGCUGGACAGCGACUCGGACUCUGAGGAAGGGUCCUUGUUCACCCUGAGUUCGCUGAGUUCAGACGAUGCGGGAAAUGCCGAAGAAGAGGCCCGUGAGUCCCCGGAGGACGAGGACUCGGGGAUGAGGAAGGACAGGGUUGUGUCAUUAGACGAUGCUGAGGAUGCCGAGGACAACAGCCCCCGCUGGGAGACUCUGGACAGGUGUGAGACUCCGGAGGAGCCUUUUGAUAAACCUCUCAUUUCGGGUCCAGACUCUGGCACCCAGCCGUCGGGGGACCCACUGACCCGGCCCGGGUCCCCGGGCAGUCCCGGGCCCUCCGGUGAGCAGGCCCCAGGCAGGGGCAUUAGUGAUUACGCCGCAGCGCGCCUCUCCGAGGCAGUGGAGUGGCGUUACUCACUCAGAGACCUAGAAUUUUUAGCUGCGGAUGCUGUACCGCAAACACCACCGCAGACUGCCGAAGUCCCCCCAGAUCCCGCCCAGAGCGACUGUCGGGGAAGAGACCCGGGCGUUUAUAAAUACGAACCCCGCGUGCAGGAGGCAGACCCAGGCCCACGUGGUAUUCCUCUCCGGAUCGCUGCGGGUGAAAACUUAAGCCCCUCACAGCAAAAUUCUGACGGGGGCAACCCGAAUUCCCACCCGAUGGACGCUGAUGCAAAUGGGGGGGUUGUAUGUCCCCGUGAGGACUGUGAUUCCAGAGGGGUUAUAAGCCACACACAACUGUUACAACCCUGUAGUGAUGAACCGGCUCUUUGGUGUGAAAGAGGACGAGGGGAUGAUGCCGAAAAGAGUGUCAAGAGCCAGGGGCCAUUAUUACAAGAGUUCCCAGAAGAAACCAGUUCACUGGGAACAGGGGAGCCCCUCGGUGGUAGAGACUGGGGUAAAGACUCAGAAGAGAAUCUGUGGUGGUUAGAAAAAGAGCCUUCUAACUUCUAUAUUCAAAGGGAGAGCUGGGCCAGCAUGUCGGGCGUUGACUCUCUGUACGAGGACCAGCUCUACUGCGACGAAGACAAGGAUGCGGAACUUGGGAAUCAAAGGGAAUUCAAGUAAAACGUUUCGUAGAGAUUGAAGCACUUCGAUGGAACCGCUGAAAAGAUGCUCAGCAAACUCUGCCCAGAGAACGGCACAGCUUUCUGGAGGUUGGUCGCGAAACUACAAAGCUGGGGCGAUUCAGAGCAACUCUAAAUAUUUUUUCAUAGGUUAUGUUAAAGAGGAACCAUUUUGUAGACCAAACUGUAGAUUU